AUGUGCCUUUGGAGAAAUUCCACGUAUGAGCUCGACACAUUUGCUCCGUCUCUUCUUCAUCCGCUUGCUGUAAUUGAGAUUCCAGUUCAUUUGCUAGCCGCCUAUAUUAUAAUAUUCAAAACUCCGUCGACAAUGACUUCAGUUAAAUGGAUGAUGAUGUUGCUUCAUCUUUGCCAAUCUAGACUCGGAGUAUUCCCGUGACU